AUUCAUAAUAACAAUUGAAUUCAGGCCAUCCAAUUUGAUAUCUAGAUCUACAAUAUUCAAGUUAGACUAUUGAUCAUAAGUAAUUUUUCACCAGUCGGCAUAAUUAAUCAUAAGUUUUGGCCUUUGUAAGAACAUAAAACAGUUUAGAAGACAUAGCUCAACAUGAGUGACAAAUAUUAUUCUAUAUUGAUAGAGACUGUCUCCUGGAUUAUUCCUGGUAAAUUCUCUAACGUUCAAAAGCUUACAUGUGGGGCACAAGGAAUGUGCUGUACAGCUGAUGACGAGACAAUAGGGAAAAUUGUCAUAAAAAAGCUGUUAAAACCUUUUGAAAAUGAAACAAAUGCAAAAAGAGCAUGGAGAGAAAUUGUGAUAUUACGACAUCUGAGUAUUUCUCCUCAUCCUCAUAUUAUUAAUCUAUUGGAUAUCUAUACUUCAGAUACAUGUCUUUCUUCUUUCAAUAAUGUUUAUCUUAUUACUGAAUAUGGUGGACAAAAUUUGAAACAAAGUUUAAAAAAUGUGCAAUGCUAUGAUCAGAGUAGUGCUCUAAAAAUCAUAGGUCAAGUCGUAAGUGCCUUGGCUUAUUUACACUCUGGUGGCAUAUUACAUAGAGAUCUCAAGCCUGAAAAUAUCAGCGUUAGUGAGAAUUUAGAAGUUAAACUGCUCGACUUUGGCUUGUCUAGGACAGCAAGUGAUGUAAUGUCUGGCUAUGUCAUUACGAGACCAUACAGAGCACCAGAAGUUAUUUGUAGUUGGACUCAUUACAAAGCGACUGUUGAUAUUUGGAGUGCGGGCUGUAUACUUGCCGAACUAUUAUCAGGGAAAAUUCUGUUUGCUGGCAAACACGCGGUAGAACAUCUACAAAAGAUUAUUAACUUUGUUGGAAAGCCUGAUGAAUCAGUACUCUCCAAGAUGACCUCUGCAGAUGCUAGAAAUUUUAUUGCAAAGCUUCCAAAUCCCAGUCCAGUUUCGCUUGAAGCCCAUUUUACUGAAGUUCAUGAAAGUAUUAUUGAUCUCCUUAGAGUGAUGUUAACCUUUGAUCCAGACGAGAGAAUUUCAGCAAAGGAGAGUUUACAGCACGAAAGUUUUCGCCUUUUCAGGGCAACGGCAUAUAUAUCUUCAAAUCCUUUUGGUUGUCCAAUUCUUGAUUGCCACUAUGAUAGAGAAAAAAAGGAUUUAGAAUCCUGGAAAUCAUUGGCUUGGAAUGAAUGUAACAAAAUAAAUAUAUAA